AUGGCGGACCAGCCCAAGCAAGGCAUCACCGACGCCCACUUCUCGGCACGCAGCCUCCUGGGCCGAGGCCGCAACAAGACGAAGCAAACCUGGCAAGCAGUAUGGGAGCCCCAGGCCCAGGCCGUGCUCGCGAGCAUCGUCGCAGUCCCGCGCGCCGACGACGCAAACGACACGGCAAGCGCCGUCUCAAAGAAGGUCGGAAACCAACAGCCAGAGCAGCAGGCACACACAGAGGACAACAAUGGUAGCACCACCACCACCGUCACCACCAGCACUGCUCCCCGCGCUCCAAGCAGCAGCAGCAACAACAUUAGCAGCAACAAGACAAACAAAACCGCCCUGCUCGCCCUCCCCGAGAUCGUCAUCGCCUGCAUCAGCGACCACCUCGCCAGCAACCGGGACCGCAAGCAGCUGCGCCUCGCCUGCAGGGACCUGUCGUGCGCGGUCCGGCUGCGCAUCCCCCGGGCCUACCUGUCUACCAACCCGCGCAACGUAGAGGUGCUGCUGGGCCUCGCGAACAACCCGUUCUACGCGUCCCGGGUGACCGAGCUGGUGUGGGACGACGCGCGGCUCGUGGGCAACGCGCGCGACGCCGAGGAGGUGCUUCUGGGCCGGACGGCCACGGGAAAGCGGUUUGGGGGAUACUUGCGGACUCGCGAGGAGGCGAAGCAGGAGGAGCAGCAGCAUGAGCAGGAGGAGGAGGAAGAGGAGCGCUGCCGCCGCCGCCGUGCUGGCAGCAAUGCUGAUGAGCAGCACCAGGGGUCCGCGUCGACAUCCUCAUCAUCAUCAUCAUCAGCAGCGGCACCACAAGAAUCAUCACGACCGACGUGGCCGUCGUGUGCGCCGGCGUGGUUCCGUGUAGCACGGGUGGGGAAUAAACUGCAGCGCCUGCUGCUCGAGAAGAAGGCCGAGAUCAAUGCCCUCGGCGGCGCGGAGGCGUACUGGGCCCAUCGUCGCUCCGAACAGCAGGAACAACAGCAGCAGCAACAGCAGCAGCAGGGGCGACAACAGCGGCGGCGUCGGCAGCACGAGGACGAAGACAUGCCAGACUGGGCGGAGCAACAACAUCAACAAGUAGAACAAGACCCUACGCUCCGGCCAUUUACCCACGACAAGCACAACACGCAGCGCGACUGGGAGUACUACACUAUGCUCCUCGAUGCGCAGUACGAGAUUGAGCAGACCGGCGCACACUUUGCCGCGUUCGCCGUGGCCCUCGAAAAGUUCACCAACCUGAAGACCGUCACCAUCUCGUACACGGCCCACGGCCGGGCCGGUGCCGGGACCGCGGGACGCUAUGAGACGCCCAUGAUCAGGGCCUUUCCCGAGGGCUUCAACUACCUUGUCCCACUGGGGUGGGAGGUGGACCGCGCGGCCGAGGAGCAUGAACAGCUGGCCCGUGACGCUGAGGAGAAAGGCGAGCUGCCGGAGCCCCGAGCAUCGCCACCACACAGCGGGGUACCUCGGCCGGCGGGGACGGACGCGCUGACGGCCGUGUUGCGCAUCCUAGCGUCGCCGUUCCGGACGACCAGUGGCAACAGACCAACAGAGCUGCGCGUCGAUGACGGUGGCUUGGGCUUGGGCGUCCACUUUGACAGCCUUCGGCCCCGGAUCGAUCUCAAUGGCCACGUUGUCAGGGACGAGGACUACUACGACCAGACUGGCAGCAGCACCCACUACAGAGCACACUACCGGAGCAGACUGGACAUGCUCGCACAUGUCGUGGCCCAGCCCGGGUUCGACAAACUGUGCCUGCACCUGCGCUGGUUCACGGCCGACCACCAGGGCACCUACAUUGAGAGCGGCUUCCUCGGGGAGGUGCUGGCCAGGGCCAACGGCGGCCGGGGCCUCCGGAGCUUGGAGCUCUCGUUGACCCCGGACCACAGCGAGCUGCCUCUGCGCGCCGGCCCCGCGCAUACCAUCGGUCCCUCGCGUGGCCCGCCGAUGAUCUCGCUGCCAAAGUUGCUCACCACGGACAACGCGGCCAGCCUGGAGCACCUGGCCCUGUCACACAUGACGGUCGACGAGCACGAGCUGCUGGCCACGCUGAGCCUGCUCCCGCGGACCACCAAGACGAUCAAGCUGUUCAAUGUCGCCCUGCGCAGGCCUCUCCCAGGACACCUCCCGCACCAUUCGAGCAUCCCCUGGGACUACACGGACACUGACGGCAGGGGCUGGCGGGAGACGCUACAGCGAAUUCGCGACCAGCUGGCAGCGGCAUGGGCGACGUUCCCCACGAGGCCGGUGCUGAGCAUCGGGACUCGCGCCGAGGGCUUCGUCGAGCUGAUGAUGGGGGCCCGGCGGGUGUGGGUGACCGACGAGGUGACGGCGUACCUGUACCACGACCACGACCACAACCACGACCAAGAGCACGACCAUGACCACAAUCAUGACCAGAUCGGGGCGAUAGCGACGAACCCGCUAGGGCAACCAUGGUCGAUGGUGCAGAGAAACAGGCUGGAGAUGGGAUUGUGGCGGCAGCGGCAGCACGUGGACGAACUGCCCAUCAUUGCGCCGGGGGACGGGUAUACGGACGAUGCGCUAGGGGUAGAGGGCUGUAGGGAGCGGCACGAGGAGCUGCCGAUUGAGGUCUUGCUGGAUGCACAGGGGAGCGUCAACGGGGCUCGCAUCCACGGGGUAGGGGUUACGACAUGGUGA